AUGUCGGCGGCCACGACCGCACAGCAGCCGCCCCCGCGGGCGCCUCCGCCAACCUAUGGCAGCCUGUCCAACCACCCCAGCCACGCCUCUAGCAGCUCCGCCUCCGCCUCCGCCUCCGCCUCUGCCAUCGCCACCAGCGCGGGCAGCAGCAGCUGCGACGGCAAUGACGCCUCCAACUCGAGCGGCAGCGCCUCCUCGACGCCCCAGACCGAGUCCGACGAGGCGGGACCAGCGACGCCACCGGUCGAGGCCACCACCACCGCCACCGCCACCGCCAGCGCCACCGCCCCCUCUGCACCCGUCCCCGCCCUCGGUCCGCCGCUCAGCGACCAAGAGAACCGCCUGGUCCAGCAGACGCUCGCCCGCGGCAUCCGCGUCGGCCACGUCACCACCAUGCCCUUUGUCUCGACCGACGACAUGCGCAACCACCUCAAGCUCCUCAACCUCUUUGACCGCCUCAAGCUCGCCGUCCAGGACGAGGUCGAGCUGCACUCCUACCCGCCCUUGCCCGCCAGCAUCGAGGCUGGAGCCCGAGACCCCGAGGCCGGAAUCGACUCUGCUCCCCCGCCCUACACGCCCACGGCCGACCCGCCGCCGCCGCUGUUGUCGUCGUCGUUGGGCGCCAAUGCCGCACAUCCCACCGACCCCGCCGCCGUCGACCGUGCCAUCCGCGAAAUGUCGCUCCAGCUGCAGCGCGAGCGUCGCUGGGCCAUCUACCUCUCGCGCGCAGCCCACCGCCUCGAGCUGUGGCUCACGCGCGUCCUCCUGCUCGACGACCCGCUCCUCGACGCCGCCAGGGACACGGGCGUGCUGCCGGACCACGUCCUGCCCCCGCUCGACGUCGCGCUGGUGCUGCACAGCUACUUCCUCAACCCGCGCCGCAUGCGCGACGACGGCGUCCGCAUGCCCUCGCGCCGCCUCAUCUCGUACUUUUCCUACCCUCUCGCCCAGCUCGCCGAGCGCAUCGACCCCAACUCGCUCGCCCUCGCCCGCAUCGACGCCGCCGUCGCCUACUGGGAGGACCACGUCACGGCCGCAGCAGACUGCGCCCAGCCCUACCACCUCCCGCUCCAGCCCCCCUCAGCCUACCCGAGCGCCGCCCAGGAGGUCCACGGCGGCACCAACUUUGGCCUGCGCGUCGCCUGCCCGCGCUGCAGGGCCAAGACCUUUGUCCCCUGGACCGGCCGAGGCAAGGCCGCCGCCGACAAGGGCAUCGGCGAGAACGGGUGGACGCGCCAGUGCGGCAGCAAUGGCCCUCGAGGCCGCUGCGCCCAGGCCAUCUCGGCAGACACGCUCCAGACUGCGCGCUUCCUGCUCGACUUUGAUCGAUGGCGCAAAAGCCCCGGCCGCUCCGAGGUCGACCCGCAGACGGGCGUGCAUUCCGAGUGCUUCUUCAUGGCCGGCAGCUCGCUCCAUCCCUACACGGGCGCCAAGCUCGACGACGACCGGAUCGGCGAGUUUGUCUUCCAGCCCGUCUUUGACCACGAGAAGCCGUCCGGGGCCACCGAGCCCCCCAUCCUGCAGAACCUGGCCAGGACCGAGACGUGCGACAUUGACGACCUCUGCCGCGACUUGGCCUACAGCAUGUCCAACUUCCAGCUCUACCUCACCGCCAAGUCGGUCGAACCGGCGGUGCGGCCCAUGCUCCGCUCCGAACGCGAUCGCCAGCACGUCCUGGCGCGCACCGCCCUCAUCAUGCGCUGCUACGACAACGGCUCCGCGCCGGCGUUUGGCGAGGGGCUGUACGACAUGUGCGCGGCCGUCAAGCGCCAGACGGCCUUCAACAUCGACAUGCAGAAGCUCGGGUGGAGCAACGCCUCGCCCGAGCUCAUGGAGAGCAAGCCCAUGGAGGACCUGCUGGCCCGGAGUCUGGUGCGUUACCAUCGCUGGCUCAACCUCCUCUACGGCGUCACCAUGAUGCUUUCGCCGACCCUCGACAUCGAUCUCGCGUGGCACACGCACAUGCUCAAUCGCAAGUACCGCAACGACGUCAAGCGCAGCGUCGGUCGCUUUGUCGGUCACGACGACACGGUCGAGAUGGGGGCGCUCAAGGAUGCCUUUAAGAAGACGGCGAGCCUGUGGCGAAGCAAGUACGGCCAGCCGUACAGCCUGUGCGGCUGCACCUACGAGGCGCCCAGCGCGGCAUCGCGGGUCAAGACCCUGUUUGGAAGCAGCAGCGGCGCCGGCGACGGUGGCAAGGCGGGCUCGCUCAAGGCCAAGUGGCGCAGGAGCAAGGCGCUGCCCGGCGACCAGGCCGACGACAACGGGCAGUGGCUCGAGCAGAGCCACCCUUCGUCGCACAACGCCGUCAUCCUCAAGGACGGCAUCGAGAGGCACGAGGCCAUCAAGGCCGAGAUGGAGCAAGGGUGGCGCUCGGGCAAGCGCCGCGGCGGCCACGAGAGCGCAUUCGUCUUCGGGUACGCCGAACCGGGCCUUUACCCCUUCUACCACUCGCCGGUCCACGCCCAUCUCUACAUCGAAAACGAGAACCGGUCGUCGCACAUCGCGUCGCACGGAGCGAUGUACACGGCCGGCGCGAUCGGGUUCGCCGGGAUCGGAGCGGCCGGCUGUGGCGGCGGUGUCGGCGGAGGAGGGUUUGGCGCUGGCGGCUGCGGCGGCGGCGGUUUUGGCGGCGGAGGGUGCGGCGGUGGCGGUGGCGGUGGUUUUGGCGGUGGUGGCGGCUGCGGCGGCGGUGGUGGCGGUGGCGGUGGAUGUUGA